AUGGAAACCCUUGUGCCAGGACGGAUGGUCAGGGCUGGACUCCUGCUGCUGCCCCUUCUCCUCUGCUUUGGGCUCAGAGACUGCCAGACCGCGAUCAACCUGACCGCGCUCAGAGACAUCGUGGAUCAUGUAGAUAAGUAUGGGUUCACAACUGAAUACGCCUUCGCUGUCAGCCUGAACAAAUCCUAUUGCCAGAACGCAACUGAUAUAAAAGCCGUGCUGCCCCUUGAUGAGCUGAGGGCCAUGCAGGCAGCCAUUAAUGAAGGGGACCGCCUGUACAACCCAAGCCAAGGGAACAUCGUGGCUGCUGCGGUGCCCAACAAGCCCAGGGAGCACGCCGAGCGGCGCCUGCUCCAGGGAGACCAGGACAGCCCCGUGUCGAAGCUCCUGGCCCGGACCUCCAGGGAGAACAACAAUAACAUCUGCCUGAUCUUCUUCACCCUCAAUUCACCCUGUGUGGGGAAGUGCCUGAAUGAUAAAACGCAGUACAACAUCCUACAGCCGGUGAGCGACAUCUUCGGCUCCAUCCGCGACAACUACAAGGCCUUCGUCUUCCAGAAGAUCUGGUAUGAACGGAAUGAGACACGUGAGAGCCUGCUGAAGGCCUGGCACCAGAUGAAGAACGUGCCCCUGUAUCGCUGCGACAACACAGGCUGCAAGGACUGCUUUGGGAACAACCCUGACGCCUGCAUGUACGGGAUGUGAGCCGUGGAGCGGCUGCCGCUCCCACCUGGCAGGGGGUAGUAGGGAAAAUCAGGGGGCCCAGGGGAGAGCACAGGAUG